AUGUCCAGCUUGUCCGCAUGCCGACGCAGGGGUAAACAGCAGGUCCUCCAAGCGCGUUGUCCUCGACUUGAGAGGCGCAUGGUCCUCCAAGCGAGUCCUCCAGAGCCCAUGUUGCCUGGCCGCCACUCGUCGGUCACCAUCACAGCAUGCCAUGCUCCGCCCCCAAUUGCGCCUUCGCCAACGCACCAUAUUGCCUAUCCAACUGUUUCAACCCUAAAAUCGACUUUUGUCCCAAUGUUCGCUAUGGAUACCCGUCAGUUUGUAGAGUUGUCGCAAAUACAACCUAUGGACGAGUCUCGCUCUUCUACCUGGAACACAAACCAAGACAACUACAUGUACCCAUACAAGCAGCAUACAGUAAAUUUUCCCUUAGAAAACAACUUCUGUUUCGAUGAACUCGAUGACGGUAGCAUCAACGUUCCACCCAUACAGCGCUUCAUGGACGACCCGUACCCCUUCAGCAGCGGCAUGUUGCAGGCAAAUAUGCCCCUAUAUAGCCAGUACGCAGCAUAUCUAGAACACCAAUGGCACCCAUCGGAUAGUCUUCGACAUCCCUCUCCUGACUGUACGUCCUCUGGCAACACUAGUCAGAAUACCCAAGAUGAAUUGCGGUCUCCGUACAUGUACCAUGCUACUCCAUACACCGGUCCGAUGGAAUACCCUCAGGCCUCGUUCCCCUGUUCAUCGAUUGAACAACUUCAUAAUGGCCCUUACCAGUUCGACGUUCCACUGUUUCCAAGUAACUGUACCCUUCGUCAACUAGAAUAUAGCCCCGUGACGGAGGCAGUUGCAGAGGAAGUUGAAGAUGGUAAUGCUAAACAAGAGGCCAUCCCUAGCCACGAGCAAGGAACUGUCAAGACAGAAGAGACAACAGAGUACACAGCUUAUGCAGACUCGGCAAUUGGACUCUCCACACGAGACGCUCAAUCAGUCGAACCAGUUGACCCAGUCGAUUUCCCUGAAGAGUCCACUUCGGAUUCCGAGUACAGUCCAACGUCCAGUCGGUCGAACAAGAGGAAAAGGUCUACAGUAUCGAGCAACAACUCUAUUCGUACAUCAAAGCGCCGCGCACAUGCUCGCAAAGACUCCCAAACAACAAGUCCCAUGACAUCGAUCAAAUCGGAGAAGAAACAACGCAGGACCUCGAAGGCCUCUCAGAGCCCUAUCGAUCUGAGCACUCACCCUGACUAUCGCCGCCCCUUCCCUUGCCCCUUCGCUGUAUACGGCUGCAAGUCCGACUUCGUUUCCAAGAACGAGUGGAAGAGGCACGUCAGCACUCAACACAUUAAGCUCGGCUACUGGCGCUGCGAUCUCUGCCCGUCAUCGGUAGACCCAGAUGAUAACGCUCUAUACCACAACGACUUCAACCGCAAAGACCUCUUCACACAGCAUCUCCGCCGCAUGCACGCCGCUCCCAAAGACAAGUCUCCCCGGUCCACCAAGGAGUACCCCGUCACCGAAACCAACCUCCCCGAGCACCAGAAUCGCUGCAACCGCUGGCUGCGCGACCCGCCACAGCAUUCCAGCUGCCUCUUUUGCAACUCCGAAUUCAAAGGCCCAAACUCUUGGGAUGAGCGAAUCGAGCAUAUCGGACGCCAUCUUGAGAAGGACCACGCGAGUCGGGCUGAUAUGCUUGACUGCGCUACAUGGUACAAGGAUACGAGGCUUGAGUGUUAUCUGCUCGAUGAGGGUCUUAUCGUACGAAACGGUAGUGGUUGGAGGAUUGGUGACGGUAAUCCCUGUAGGGUUGCUCUUGUGGAAAGUGAUGUAGAGUCUGAGGAGGAAUGAAAGGGAUCAAGCCCAUGGCAUUUUUUCGUUUUGUUUGUAUUUUGCAGCUCAUUGCGAGCGACCUUGGUUUUUUUUUCGGAUUCUGUUUGGAAAGACAUGAUGCUGAUGCACGGUCAUUAUAGCUGGAUACCCCCCUUUUGUAGCUGUUAUUAAGAUAUGAUUCUUUUUUCUUUUCCAAAUUUGAUAGCAUAUCUUCAUCAUCACCUGAAUAUACAAUUCUUCUACAC